AUGGGUGGAGUAGCAGCAUCACGUCUUGGACUGUGGAUGUUUGAUUUAUCUAUCAUCCAACAAAUGCAGGAUCAAGUUCCCGAAUCUAAUCGUUGUGUUGUGGGAGGGGUUCAAAAUUCAGUUCAAUCUCUUCUGGACUUCAUGACUUAUUUUAUGGGGAUAAUCAUCUCCAAUCCGCAGGAUUUCUGGAAGUUGACAAUGUUAUCCUUCAUAUUGGUGACACUGGCCGCAGUAUUGUACAGUCUACACGUUUAUCGAGUACAGAAGCAUCUCUUCCAUGGUGAGAAGGUGUUUAUGCUGGUCCAAUGGCGUGUAAGAUCCUCUUAAGGUUCAUGUCGAAAUAAAGUUGAAUUGCCUUUUACUUCUUGUUGUGGAUAUGUGAGGCCUGUUUCAGUUUGUGAUCCACCACAUCCUUUGUAAACUAAUCCAAGAUGAAAUUUAUAUAAUGAUCAUCAUUAUGGGAUCCUAUAUGACACUGUUUGAUGAUCGAAUUGCC